AUGGCCUCCAUGGACCGAUCAGACGAUUCGGAGACUCGCAGGAGUCCAGCAGGUGCGUAUGAAGGAGCCAACGCAGUCCUCAGCUUGGCGACUCCCCUGCUGUGGGUGUUCCCUCCCCUGGGAAUUAUUGCUGGUCUGUUCCAUUGGGAACCGUGGCUUGUUUUGGUCUUGAACAUAAUCGCCAUCAUCCCGCUCUCGGCUUUGGUUUCUUCAUCCUCAGACGCCCUGUCUGGUUACCUGGGGCAAUUGGGCGGUGGAUUAGUGAACGCGACGUGCGGCAAUGCCGUGGAAUUGACGUGCUUCCAGACCAGUGUUCUAGGACUCAGCCAUGGCGAGAUAGACUUUGCGCAGUCCGUCAUGAUAGGGAGUAUCCUGUCGGACGUUCUGUUGAUACUCGGAGCCUGUUUGGUGUCGGCGUCGUACGACAAGGACGUUCGGUGCUUCAAUCCUACCGUGGUACAGUCGCUGUCCUCGUUGAUGAUGAUCACGGUGGUGACGAUCAUCCUCCCGACAGCGCUCUACUCGACUUCCCCAAGCACCAAUCUCGACGACCGGAUUCUAUCCUUCUCCUGUAGUACCGCUGCCAUUCUCCUGGCUCUGUACUUUGGGUACCUCUACUUCCACCUAUCCACUCACAGACAUCUCUUUGAAUCCAAGGACGACGGAGACAAGCCAAACAACACCGAAGAGCCCCCCAGCGCGGCUCCCGGCCAUCUCGCCUCGACCCUCAAAAUGACCUCGGCCACCCUGGCGACCGUCUUCUGCAGCUACCUCGUCUUCGCCAGCAUCGACGGGACCGUCGAGACCACCGGGAUCACCAAAACCUUCGUCGGGGCCGUCCUCAUCCCAUUGGCAAGUAACAGUCCCGAAGGCAGCGCCGUCAUCAUGGCGGUCCGCGGCGGCGACGCCGAUUCCGCCGUCGGUGUCAUCGUCGACAGCGUCCUCCAGAUCGGCUUAUUGCUGAUCCCCGUUCUGGUCAUCCUGGGCUGGUUCCUGAACCAACCCAUGUCCCUGGAUUUCGAGAAUUGGCACACCGCCAUACUUUUUCUCUCCGCGCUCGUCGUCGACCAGCUGCUUCAGGAUGGGAGAUAUACCUAUACCCAGGGGAUCGUGCUGAUUGCUUUGUAUGCUAUUCUCGUGAGCACCAUCUACGAGUUUGGAGGGUAG